GCCCCCUAAAAAAGAAAGAAAGAAAGCAUGUCUUCCCCUGGAGACUGCAGAGACGAGUGUUCAACAGAGGAGGAUGUGCAGCCACCGCGGCUGAAGAAGCGCAGCGCGCAGGUGUCGUGUCUUCCUUUCAGCGUGGAGGCGCUCAUGUCGGACCGGAGGCCGCUGGAUGCGACCGACAGAAAGGAGGGAAAUUACUCUUUAAACAAACAUCACAGGCCGGAGGAGUUCACCCAACAGUUAGUAUCCAUCAAAUCAGAGCCAGCGGAACGAGGGGGCUGUGCGUCCUGGAUACCCGGCCCCAUUAAGAUGUCAACACCACCCCGGCAGUUCAGUCCAGCAGUCUGCCCCUUGAGGAAGCACAAAACCAACCGCAAGCCUCGCACCCCCUUCACAACCACGCAGCUCCUGGCCCUGGAGAGAAAGUUUCGUCACAAGCAGUACCUGUCCAUCGCAGAGCGAGCCGAGUUCUCCUCCUCGCUGUCGCUGUCCGAGACGCAGGUCAAAAUCUGGUUUCAAAACCGGCGAGCCAAAGCCAAGAGGCUUCAGGAGGCCGAGGUGGAGAAACUCAAAAUAGCGGCUGGCAUCGGGCCCAAAGCUGUGUUCCACCCAGGCUUCUCAUCCUUCAGUUUUCCCCUCAGUGUUAACCUGCAGGCUGGAUCAGCAGCACUCUACGGACUGGGCUGCUCAUUCGGCCGCAGCCCCGUCCUCCCUGCUGCACAUCUGGCCAUGUAUGCCUCGCAGGUCGGGCACAGCCUGUUCCACCUCUCCUGAGAGGAAGCAGCACUUUACGGACAAAAUGCUGUGGAUCCGGAUGCGUGUAAAACAACAAAGAAGAGGAUGACUCUGGUAUGAAGUCAUGCACCGUUUAUAAAAGACUUGAUUAGGGACCUGAAGAGGAGCUGUAGCUUCAUGAUCUUCAAGGAGAAUUUCUAAAUGUCCUUAUAUUUUUCUCAAGGGCCUCUAUGGAAGGACAAGAAUACAGCAGUCUCGAAGAGCCUUCUUUGCUUCGCUUAUUCAGCAUCGGCCACUGAUAAUGAAUGGAGUAUUGAUCAGACCAUGUGUAUUUGAUUAUUGGUCUGCAUACCAUUAAUUGUAGCCUUGUUUAUUUGUUUUUACUCUUGUAUUUCCUCAAAGAUUCCAGCAUUGGGAAUAUUAUUUUUUACGUUAGUUGAAUUUGCAGGGAGACAUUUUGUCCUGGUGAAGCGCAUAUUUUCUGAAGAGCCAAAGCAUUCCCGAAGGACACACAUUUAUUUAUGAUAGCCCUCAGAUUCAUUUA